AUGCUGCUGCUGCGAGGGGUCUGCCGUGCGUCUGCCCGCUCGUCCUGCGCGGCACGCCGGCAGUGGCGCCCGCCGGCGCCGGCGAGCGCGCGCUGUGGCGGCGGCGGCCGCAGAACGGGUAGCUCCUUGCACGAGCUCGACUUGUGGUCGGACCACGCUGACCUGGAGCACACGCAGGAGUACUUCGCCCUGGCGCAGGAAAACGUGAUGGGCCAGCUGGUCGAGGCCCUCCACAAGCGGGGCCUGGUCAGCAAGACGUCCUCCGUCGUGCAGGCAGCGCCCGCCGAGGAGCGCCGGCGGAGGGAGCUGGACCCACACAGGCUCUUCAUGAGCUGGACGACCGGGGAGCCGGGCGCGAAGCCCCUGCCCGCCACGGACGUGGAGCUGACGCUGCUGCAGGCGGCGUCGCCCGUGCGGCGGGGCUCUCGGGGUGGGUUCCGGACCAGUUCGACAGGAGCUUGUCAGGGGCUCGUAUUUGCUGCCAGUAUCAUAUUCGACGAUUUGGGGUUCGGGGGCAUCAGAUUACACAGCAACGCGGGCAAAUAUGCAGCCAUCUUCUGGUUCCGCGGCAAGUAUCCGGCCAGCGAGGAGACCGCCUCGAUUCCGCGACGAUCGCAGACGCCCCUCCGAGCCGACGAGGCGGAGAUCUUUGGCUUCGCGGCGGCCCGAGCGCAGGGUGGAUGCCUCGAGGGCUGCCGCCCCGAGCCGGGCCGCCGCGUCGAGAGCGGGGUCAAUGGCAAGCAAGUGCGCGACGCGACGCUCGCGACGGGCCAGCGCCGCGGCCAGGGCGGCGGGCCGCGGCAGAGCCCCCCCGACGGCACCUGA